AGCUCCCGAGGGCGAGACGACUGCUUCUCCCUUCGUACAAGAUUGAAAUCCUGUUAUUGUUGAAGCUUCUAUGGACACUCCCAUUGAUUGACUAUGUUGUUUAAAAAGAAAGAUUUUUUUAUUUUGGCAAGAUACAAAGGAUUGACAUGUUGCAGGUGUGGGAUGAAAUCUUCCAUAAGGCCAUAGCCGACAUGACAAUGUGAGAGGGCAUAUGAUAAGGGGACCAUGGAGAGUGAACGUCAGCUUCCAUUACUUUAUAUUGGAUAUCUGUUAUUAGAGGCCAGAAGGCACCGCUUUUAAAAACCAGCAAUUGGCGGUUUGUACCAAAUUUUUCAUUUUUUCUGAGACUUCUCUUGGAAGCCUCGUGAGACUUUUGAGUUUGGCUUAAGAGUUACAGAGAGAAAUCCAUACGAUACGACCUCUCUGUUCCUCUUAAUUGCAUCCUAGGCAGCGAAAGAGAGAAGUAGAAGAUUGAAAAAAUGACAAUCGAGAUGCCCAAAGGCCUCCCUUUCUCUGUGGAUACUUGGAGCCCUUCUUCAAGGAGGAAGAGAUACCAUUUCCUCACUCACGCCCACAAAGACCACUGCACUGGAAUCUCUCUAUACUCUUCAUACCCAAUUUACGCUACCCACCUUACGAAAACUCUGAUCCUUCAAUUAUUCCCUCAGGUAGAGGAUUCGUUAUUUGUUGGAAUUGAGGUUGGCGAGUCGUUGGUUAUUGAUGACCCUGAUGGAGCUUUCACUGUUACGGCUUUCAAUGCCAAUCACUGCCCUGGAGCUGUUAUGUUCUUGUUUGAAGGGCACUUUGGAAAUAUACUGCACACUGGAGAUUGUAGACUUACUUCUGAAUACCUGCAAAGCUUGCCAGAAAAAUAUAUUGGCAAGAAAGGAAGAGAGCCUAGGUGCCCUCUCGAUUAUGUUUUCUUAGAUUGCACAUUUGGGAAAUUCUCUCGGAAGAUUCCAAGCAAGAAUGCAGCGAUUCAACAGGUGAUUAAUUGCAUAUGGAAACACCCAAAUGCUCCCAUUGUCUACCUAGCCUGCGAUCUUCUUGGGCAGGAAGAAAUACUUGUGGAAGUGUCCAGAACAUUUGGGUCCAAGAUAUAUGUCAACAAAGAUACAAAUGCAGAAUGUCUCCAGGCUCUAAAACUCGUAGCUCCAGACAUCCUGUCUCAAGAUGCAUCUUCUCGCUUCCAGGUGUUUGAAGGAUUUCCUAAACUGUAUGACAGAGCGAAAGCAACAUUCAUGGAGGCCCAAGCUAAUUUUCAGCCUGAGCCUCUGAUAAUCCGUCCCUCUUCACAGUGGUAUGCAUGCGAAGUUGAGCAUUUGGAAGUCAAAAGGCAAAAAAGAAAACAGAGUUUUGUAGAAGCAGAAAAGGAUUCAUUUGGUGUUUGGCAUGUUUGCUAUUCAAUUCACUCAUCCCAGGAAGAAUUGGAGUGGUCCUUGCAACUUCUGCAACCUAGGAGGGUUGUCUCGACAACCCCCAGUUGUCGCGCAAUGGAACUGGAUUAUGUUAAGAAACAGUGUGUGGGUGCUACAGUAUCUUCAGAUGACCAUAUAUGGAAGCUUCUGGACAUUGACAUGGAAGCAGGAAUUUCCUUCCCACAAACUCCUCCAAUUUCUUUAGUCCCAAUUGAAGAAGACUCUGCAAUUCAUGUCAUAGAAACUAACCAGUUGCAGCAAAGAAAUCCAUCUAGCAACUGGGCAGAACUUCGGUUGAAUUUGUCCCCCCCAAGCAAAAAACCACCCCUGACAUUGUUUGGAAGAGCAAGGCUUGGUUCUCAAGAUUUUAGUCUUUUGAACAAAGAAGAGAAAAGAGUGUCCACUGAGUUCAACCCUCCACCUAUUGUUGCCAAUGAAAGAGGACAAGAAUCAUCACUGGCGGGGGUUGGUUCUGUUGAAGUACAAUGUGAGAAAAUAGAGGAGAGUGAUACGGUGGGAAAUAACGGUUCUCAUUCAAGCAUUGGUUCCUCAGAUUGCUUGGCUGCAGGCUUGAGGAGACUCUACAGAUCCAUGAAUGUUCCAGUGCCCCAGCCUCUUCCUUCAUUAGUAGAGCUUAUGAAUGCCACCAAAAGAGCCAAGAGGAGGAUCCAGCUUUAAUCUAACCCCAUUUAACUGAUAAUGGGAUGUGUUGUCAUCAUGUGCAGCUAAAUGGGAUCUAUUGUCAUUGUGUGCAAUAAAACUUGAGCAGAAGGAAGCCAUCGUCAUAGAUGAAACCUGCAGAAUGUAUGACAGGUAUUGAACUAAGAGCUUGGUUUCAUGGCAGGAUGAAGACUGAUCAGAUGAGCACUACCUUGAUUGGUUUUUUAUUCUACACCAGCUUGCUUCUAUGUAUUGAACAUUAUCUGGCACUGCAGAUGUGAGCUGGGUGGUGGUUAAUUACCAGUGUAUAUACAUGAGUAGCUGUUUCAAAUCGGAUGGCUAAGAAAAUUCAAGUAGAAUCCGACCUGUUUAUCAAUUGGGUUAGAUAUGCCAACCUGAAACCCCUGCCAGGAUAUGAAGCAGGGUAUGCUGGCUAGUUUGGUUGUGCAUUGGUAUCCCUAGUUCAACAUUAACCCCAAUACUUGGACUUUUCAAUUCAGGUGUCAAAUUGAUGUUAAAGCAUAAGUUAAUAUUAGUAAUUGAUAACAUUCUUUAACCUUUUCAUUGAUGUAAUAAUUCAAGACACAUUCCAAUUCUUCUUGUACCUGUGCCUGGUUUUUCUGUCAGUUGGCUUAGUUCGGUGCUUGUAGGUAGAGUUUUCCUCAUCUGUUUUUCAAAUUAUUGUAACAGUCAAUCUGAAGUGUGGGACACAAUCUUCUCAUUUAUGUAUAUUAUCCAUAAUCAGGUAACAUGGUGACACUAUCUUAAUCAAAAUCUACUUCCUUAA